GGCUACAGCUUCGCGCCCGUCGGCCGGCCGGCUGCUCCCCUGCCUGCAUCCCGCCCGGGGCUUGUCCCGCCACCGCGCCGCUGCUGCGGUCAGAGGGAGCCGCGGGCCUCGGGGCAGCCUUUGUGUUUAAGCUGGCAAAAGUUGCUGACAAAGGGAAGGGCAACAUUCCGGCGUGAGGAGGAGGUGCUGAACUGCUCCUGCGAAGAGCAGGACAAGGGCAGGUAGUGGUAGAAAUGCUUCUGGAGAAGAAAAACUGUGAUCAGAGGAUCCUGCUAUUGAAACAGCGGAGGAAGCUAAGGAACCAGCGGAGGCAGACAUCAACGAGCUCUGUAAAGACAUGUUCAGCAAAAUGGCCACUUAUUUAACAGGUGAACUAACAGCCACCAGUGAAGACUACAAACUCUUGGAAAACAUGAAUAAGCUGACUAGCUUGAAGUACCUAGAAAUGAAAGAUAUCGCUAUAAACAUCAGUAGAAAUCUGAAGGAUUUAAAUCAAAAAUAUGCUGCUCUUCAGCCAUAUCUGGAACAAAUCAACCUAAUUGAGGAACAGGUUGCAGCUCUGGAGCAGGCAGCUUAUAAAUUGGAUGCAUAUUCCAAAAAACUUGAAGCCAAGUACAAAAAACUGGAGAAACGAUGAAAUUACAACAGUCUUUAUGUUGGAGUUGGGCUAUGAGUCAGACUGAUUUCUGUUUAAGUUGCACAAUAGCAAUUCUGUAUGUUGACAAGGAUUUGGUUACAGCUAACAUCAAGACUGGUAACUUUUUCUACCUAUGGAAUACAGUAGGCUGUAUUCAGGCUCAAGGCUGAAUAAUAUUUUCCUCUUCUCAAGGGGUUCUGUUGCCUCAGUUGUUCUGUCCCUAAAUAGCCUGUGUGUUAGUCCUGUGUCCCACAGAAAUACUUUACCUAGGAAAAGCCCUCCAUAAUCUAUAAAGACAUUUUCUCACAGUAGGAGCAGGACCUAAACUUCAUUUUUACCUUCAUCGAGCUCUGCGUUGAGAAGAUACCUGGGCCUUUGGAGUUAUGAGCAUGGUAUUGAAAACACUUCAUUUUGGUGUCCACCUUUAUCUGUUUGAAAUAGAGAGACUAAUUAUUAUAAGGUUACAAUAAAACAACUUGGUGCAUUUGUC